AUGGAAAGCCAAGAUUUAGAAGAGCAGCCCUUGUUGCGGCCAGAACCACAUUAUGAAGCCACGAGUCCUCCUCCGCAAAAAAAAACCAAAACCCGCCGUCGUGGCUGGACCAAACUUAUCUGGGGCUUCAUCAUAAUAUUACUUUUGCACGCCGGUGUCGUUUUAUGGGCAGCGAGAUAUAUUCCGUCCCAACAACUCAUCCAAGACUACUAUGAAGACGCAACAAAUGUCAAGCUCCGUCAUCUUGCGUUCGACGGGUGGUAUUCAGACAGUAAUGGCAGUCACAUCGAGAAUGAAGACAGCCCAAAGUAUUUGAAACUUCGCGCUCAGCUGGAUGUGUGGUUCGACUACGAUCAAGUGCACAAGUUCGAAAACAGUUCCGCAAGCGUGCGGAAGCAGCGAACAAUACGAUUCAUGAGCCAAUCUGUGGUGAAAUCCUUAUGUUUUGAUUUUGACAGUAUAAGGGCAUUCAACGAUAACGAAACGGAUUCCCAGGACCUCGGUACUAUAAGCAUACCCACCAGAACUUGUAUUGAUGUUAGACAUCAAAAGGUUAACCAGCUGGACGUGCCCAUUUUGAUUAGGCCUGACGCCAAGAAUGUUGCUUCUGUCAUUAUGAAAAUAUGGAAAGGUGAAUUCAAAAAGCUAGAUUUGUGGUCAAGCUUGAACGUGAGGCUUUCUAAAAAGGUUCUGAAUAAGUGGGAUCUGCCUCUUUGGAAACUAAAGAUUGCUAGACUUGAUUGGAAACAGUUUCUCAACUUGGACUCUUUAUCUUCAAAAUUGGAUAGUAUCCGAGCAGCGUUGAGUCAGGCAGUUGAGGUUCAAAGCCUAGAAAUUACCGACGAUGUUGAGAAUGACAUGAACUUUCGAAUUUCGGUAGCUUACAUCGUUCCUGAAGAGAUAAGAAGUGAUAUGAUAUUUCCUCAAGACUCCGUCUUUCCACCAACUAGCUGGAACAUACAGCUUCCAGGCUGUGACCCGACACGCCCGGUAUCAUUGGAAAAUGCUUUGUUUCGUGCACCGGCAAUACGCCUCAACGAUUUAGCACCUGGAGAGCUAGCAAAUAUGGAUAUUGUUGGUAACAUACAGGGCCCUCUUCCUGAUGAUCUUUUGUAUCAAGUUUGUUCCUCUGAUGAAGAAAAUGUUGUUACGCCCGUUAAUCUGCUUCUUAACAAGAUUUUUAACGCUACAGAGCUACUUCAGUUUGAAAUCCUAGGACAUGGGUAUACUGAUUCUCAAGGAAGCAUUCUGCCCCCUAACUUUAUGGACCAGCUUUUACCCUCAAUACAGCAGCCCAUUAAUGCAAACCUUUCCUUAAACUCAAAUAAUUUGGUAGAGUACGUGACGGUGGAAGGAAUGAGGCUAAGGUGGAUUCAGAGUGGAUGGGAUGAGCGAAAACUGACUAUUAAAGGCAAAGUUAUUGCAGUCAUAAACCUGCCAUAUUAUAACUCUGCGUUCGCUGGAGGCGAGGAAACAGUAGCGAUCGAGAAAAUUAAGGGCUUAACGAAACUUUUCCACAACGAUGUUCAUUUUGUUAACGUGCCAAUGGAUGUAUGGCUGAACGCAGAAUCUGAGUUUCUUCCGACCGAAGACCCUAAGCACAAUCAACUAAGCGUUUCUUUCGAUAUUGCACAUCAGGACGUUGAGAUUGUUAACAGCUUUGAACUCACAAGAUGCUUAAACGAAAUUUUGAUACGCGGCCAAGCUCAAGUUCAUGUUGAAGGUAAACUCGACCUUAUGGCCGACACAAAGUUAGGCGCUAUUGUUGUACUGGGCCUUGAGGGCGAAGGUACAACAAUUGUCAAAAAAUAA